UGGACCAGCAUUUCCUAAGAAGGGGAGGAGGCUUUGGUGGGGAUAAAUAGACAUCAGCAUGCACUGGGGAGAACAACAGACCAAGAAGCAGCCAUCCUGAACACCUGGAGUCGGCUAUCACAGAAGCUGGCAGCUGCCUUCAGCUCUGCAGGAGAAAAAGGUAAUGGCUGGAAUCUCCCCUGCUGACCUUGGCUGCCCAGAUGGCAAGUUGGGAAGGGACACUGCAGUCCAGAAAGGCCAAGACAACAAGAUACAAGUGGACAGUUCAACAUUGUCCUCCUGCAACACUGACUUUGCCUUCAGCCUCUACAAGGAGCUGGUUUUGAAGAAUCCAGAUAAAAAUAUUGUCUUCUCCUCUUUCAGCAUCUCCACUGCCUUAGUCCUCCUGUCCCUAGGAGCAAAGAACAACACCCUGAAGGAAAUUCUAGAAGGUCUCAAGUUCAAUCUCACAGAGACCCCUGAGGCAGAGAUCCACCAGGGCUAUGAGCACCUCCUACAGAGGCUCAAUCUGCCAGGGGACCAGGUACAGAUCAGCACAGGCAGUGCCCUGUUUAUUAAAAAACACCUGCAGAUCCUGGCAGAAUUCCAGGAGAAGGCAAGGGCUCUGUAUCAGGCUGAGGCCUUCUCCACUGACUUCCAGCAGCCUCAUGAGGCCAAAAAGCUCAUCAAUGACUAUGUGAGGAAACAGACCCAGGGGAAGAUCAAGGAACUGAUCUCAGUCCUAGACAAGAAGACAUCUAUGGUGCUUGUGAAUUACAUUUACUUUAAAGGCAAAUGGAAGAUGCCCUUUGACCCCCAUGACACAUUUCAGUCUGAGUUCUACUUGGAUGAGAAGAAGUCUGUGAAGGUGCCCAUGAUGAAAAUUGAGAAGUUGACCACACCCUACUUCCGGGAUGAGGAGCUCUCCUGCUCUGUGCUGGAGCUGAAGUACACAGGAAAUGCCAGCGCCCUGUUUAUCCUCCCUGACCAGGGCAGAAUGCAGCAGGUUGAAGCCAGCUUGCAACCAGAGACCCUGAGGAGGUGGAAGGACACUCUGAGGCCCAGGAGGAUAGAUGAGCUGCGCAUGCCCAAAUUCUCCAUCUCCACUGACAUGAGGCUGGGGGAUAUCCUUCCAGAGCUGGGCAUUAGGGAAGUCUUCUCCCAGCAAGCUGAUCUGAGUAGGAUUACAGGGGCCAAGGACCUGAGUGUCUCUCAGGUAGUCCACAAGGCUGUGCUGGAUGUGACUGAGACAGGCACAGAAGCAGCUGCUGCUACUGGAGUCAAAAUAAUCCCAAUGUGUGCAAAAUUCUACUAUGUGACAAUGUAUUUCAACAGGCCAUUCUUAAUGAUUAUUUCUGACACAAAUACUCAUAUUGCCCUCUUUAUGGCUAAAGUUACAAAUCCCAAGGAAGACUAGAACUUCCCAUAUGGGGGUUGAGUGUGGGGUCUUCUUCCCAAGAGAAGGGAACUGAGUCUGUAUGUAGGUCUCUGUGUUCAUUUUGACUUCCAUGCUCUGCUUGGCUCUGGCAUGACUGGACUUGAGAGUAACACUAAGUAUGUGGCCCCCUCAUGCAGAGAAGCCUGUGCCUGCUCGAUAUCACACUCCCUUUCCUCUUGGCUGCACUAGCUCAGUUUCCUGGACCUGGAAUCUGUUGUUUUUUCCAUCUCCCUGCUCUCUCCCUUGAAUCCGCCUCUAUCCAAAUGCCUGGGAGCUGGCCUGUAGGCUCCGUCUCAAUUUAGGGUCCAGUUAUGCUUGCCUUCAGCUUCUGCAACAUUCCUCUGACUAUACAAGCUAACAGUCAAAACCAUGUGGACCAAACAGGAAAGCUGCUGCCCUGUGACUAGUUGUAACAUCUGGGACCACUUGGUGCCCUGUUCUGCCUCACCCUUUCUUGUCCUCAGGGCAUUGCUGUCCACUGUCCCUUGCAGAUUCUACAGUCUUGGCCCACGUCUUGCACAGUUGGAGCCCUCUCUCGAAGCUGUAUGGGGCAUGUGGGUCUGACUAGCUCCUCCCUUCCUAGAUCUCCUACUCAGGGAAGGGUGGUAGCCUUUCCCUAUGUUCCCGGCUGACCAACUGCACAGGACAGAUGUACACCUGCAACUUCAUCACCCAAAAGGAAAGGGCACUAGCAAAGGAUCAAUAAACAUGUGACUGUGCUGA